AUGCCAGUCACCAAGUUUCAAUGGAUCAACUUGAGCGAUGAUGGGCAGAAGUACGACACAGACAAGCGACGGGCUGUUCGGAUACAGGCCAUGAAAGCGGCGGCAGCCACACGUAAGCAGUCAGGGACUUGGGGAAAGCUGAAUAUGCGGCAACUUUCCGUGAUGCAGGACAAAAGCCCAGUACAACAGCGCAACUCAAAUCAUUGCGAAGCACAAUCAAUUGAGAGACCCCAAAGUAGUAUACGUGCGCGGGACGCCGUAACGGGAUCGUGUGGUACCCGAAGUGUACCUGUCGCGUGGAACUUGGCGUCUUGCAAGGACUUGGAUGCCAACCAAGAGCGCCGCAUUUCCCCUUUCGAGCAAUGGCACGGCCUCCUGACGAGACCCAUGCCCCUGGCUGGCUUUGAGGCCCUAGCUGCAGAUACCGGGCUCGAUGUGCUCGACCUCGAUGAGUUGACGAGCGUGUCGCUGGGGCAGAUAGCCGGUACCUUGCUUGCUCGGAAGCAUACAUCUUUGGACAAGUUGAUCGCCCGUCGCAGGCAAUCCUAUCUGUUCCACCUCCCUGCAAGAUAUGGUCACACCCCUUGUUUAGAUGACGCCCUCCGCUGUCUGGCAGCCAAAGCAAAGCAUGUGCUUGCACCCAACUCUAGCACCCUUGGCGGUGAAUUGCAUUUUAUUAGUCUCUAUGGCCAAGCUCUACGCAGUCUCCAAUCAGCCGUCAAUAGUGACGAGUUUUCCAAUGCCGAUGUGCUUGGCGCUGUCGAGUUACUGAGUAUUUACGCGCUCUUGGACACUCGGGGCGAACCUACGGCAUGGGCAAACCACAUAGCAGGGGCCACUCGCCUUAUACGUGCCAUGGGCCCGACCAAUUUCGAAGACGAGUUCGAGAAGAGUCUUCUCGUCUCCAUGAUACCGCCCUUCUUGUGUGAGGCGAUAAGACUCAGAGAGCCAUGUUUCCUCGAGGAAGAUGCAUGGCAAGCAGUCCUGCAAUCUUGCACCAUCGAUGACGCAAGCUACUUUGCCCCUCGCGGUCGUGGGUUCAUACACAUGUGGAUGCUCAGCGCCAAAUUCCCUCGUCUUCUUGCGCAAGUCCAAGAUGUCCUUUACAAGCCCGAUUCUCUCACUGCUACCGAGCUUGAUGAGUUAGAAUCAAAGUGCCGAGCUGCUAAGGAGGAGUUCACCAAGUGGUACCGCGAGUUCGAGAGCAUGUUUGCUGCGCACGCUCGGCAUCGCAUACCCUUCCCAAAAGAUAACGUCCGCUUCGAGAUGUUUGGUGCUUCCCUGGUCAUGCUGAGUUUUCUAUCCCGUCUCAUCAGUGCCAUUUCGCUCGAAGACCACGAAGCCCAGGAACGAGAUGCUGUAAAGUAUGCGAAGCACAUGAAGCAACUCACGGACGGAGUGUUUGACGCACACAAGUGCGCAAACUUCUACCUUACUCAGAAAGUGUUUUCUGCCGAAUCAAUUUUAUCCUCCACGGACUUUUGGUGUAGUCGUCCCGGCAACCGCCCGAGGGGCCGGUUAGUCGAGAAGUGGAAGUGGCAAGCUUGGUUCGACCAGCGUUCCGAUGACUUUGAGAAGUUCCACGCCACGGCGAUUCAUUCGUCUACGGAUGAUAGUAGUCAGCACGAGGCUGUGUUGACUGGUGCUCUGCUCGCCGGCGUCCUGGUGUGA